CCGCGGCGCUGCUGACCGCUCGCGUGGGCGCGGACCGUGUCGAAGGAGACCCGGUCGGGCCCUAGGCGGCCGGCUCGCUGGGAAGGCCCCGUGCGAACCGCGGCGCGGGCGGCGGCCCCGCGCGGCGUCUGAUGCAACCUGCCGGCAACACCCGACGGGGCUGCUGAGCUCAUGCCUGGCGCCGGUCCAGCGCCGCGGCGCCACCCGCCGACCCCCGCGCUCCCCCGGCGCCCCUUCUGCCGGCCCGGGACGCGAUGCGCGCCGGCUAUGCCCCCUCCAGAACCCGGCCCUCUGUUUGUGCAACGUGCAGUGUGACACGCCAGGUUCGUAUUGGCCCCUAGGGAUAAAGGGUGUUCCCAGAAUAGCAGAAGGUGGACCGUAUCUUACUCGAGUGCCACCUGGAUUAUUUCCUGCCCCUCCAGAACUGCCCGGUGUCGGGUAGUCGGGAAUCUUGUUGAGGAAUUAAUAGAGAAGUAGUCAGAGAAAAAAACUUGGUUUUUAAAUACUUUACGGAAAUAAUAUUGUGCUUUUUUUUUUUAAUGGAGCUGUACUUUGUAUAUCCUAUAGUUUACUGUUGGAAUUACGUUGGAUGAAAGUGCAGCAACCACGAGUUGAAUAGAAAAGAGGAGGGCAAGAAAUGAGGUGCUUUGAUAGCGUGCUUGGAGGGAACACAGUAAGGAAAAUUGCCAGCAGAGGUGUCUAGACGGAGAGGAUGGAAACGCAUGUUUGAGGGGAGGAUGAUCUGGUCUUCCAAAAUAUCCUCUCAGUUCUCAGGAGCACAUCAUGACUAUCAGCAUGGUUGUGUGAUCUUGAAGAGGUGGUUUCAUCCCUAGGGAUUUAAACAGCACCAGGUACAUGUGAAGAUUUCUUGGCAGUUUAGCGUGGAAACCAUUGAUCACCUUGCCCUUAUUUCUGCCUGUUCUGUGUUGACAAGGGAGAGUGCCCAAAUGAGCAAGAUAUCGCAGAACAGUACUCCAGGAGUAAACGGAAUAAGUGUUAUUCAUACUCAGGCUCAUGCCAGCGGCUUACAGCAGGUUCCUCAGCUGGUGCCUGCCAGCCCUGGGGGCGGAGGCAAAGCUGUGCCUCCUAGCAAGCAGAGCAAAAAGAGUUCGCCCAUGGAUCGAAACAGUGAUGAGUAUCGUCAACGCAGAGAGAGGAACAACAUGGCUGUGAAAAAGAGCCGGUUGAAAAGCAAGCAGAAAGCGCAGGAUACGCUGCAGAGAGUGAAUCAGCUCAAAGAAGAGAAUGAACGGUUGGAAGCAAAAAUUAAAUUACUGACUAAGGAAUUAAGUGUACUAAAAGAUUUGUUUCUUGAGCACGCACACAACCUUGCAGAUAACGUGCAACCCAGUAGCACUGAAAAUACGACAAAUUCUGAUAAUGCAGAACAGUAAACCUCAUCCCUUCCAAACUUCACAACUUGUGGCUUGAACAUUAAAGGUGUGACUACCUUCACCCCUUGCAUCAUUGGCUGAACACUGUCUUAUUCCAUUAUUGAGAGAUCCAUUGAAGGUUGUUUUCUAGGAUCAGCACUGAAGAGUUGAUUAGCUAAAGAUGUUAGCCAUUUAAUUUGAAUAUCUGGUUUUAAAUAAGGAUUUUUGUGGGGAUAAAAAGAAAUUUUAAGGCAUAUGGUUAAAAAAAUUGCUCUAGACCUCAUUAUUCUUAAUAAACUCUGACUUUCCAAGAAACGUUUCUUUUUUAGGUUGACAAAAGGAAUGGGAAACUGGCAAGUCUUGCAGAAGGUUCUUGGUUUUAACGGAUGUGGUUAAUUGAAGAAAAGUUGAAUGCUGCCUAUGUUAAUCUGUUUGUGACUUUUCUAAAUUAUGUAUUAAAAAUGCUUAGGGCUAUAGAAACCAAUCACUUUGUAAUUUGGAGUGAUUUUAUAUAUAGCGUAAACAUUGUUUUAGCAUAAUUAGUACUGUUCUCCCCAACAAAUACAAGUUUUUGAAAAGCGAUGUCAAGUGAAGUAAGGAAACCCCAUUGCAUUUUGAAGGCAGUAUGCAGUCAGUUGGCCUAAAAAUGUAAAUAGCAUUUAGGAAGCAAAUAGGUUUUUUAAAAAUGAAAGCAAAGCAUAUUAGAAUUACACUUUUGGGAUACCUUUUAGGUAUAGAAUUGGCAUUAUUUUGUUUCAUUAAAAAAAAAAAAGAACAACUCAGAGGUUUAGAGAAACUUGUGUACCAGAUUUUAGUUUCUGCUGAUGCUAGUAAAGUAAGCGGUUUUUUUCUUUGAUGUACUAUUUGGACAGCCAAGUUAGUAAACAAAAACCUCUUAACAGUUUGUGGCUAUACAAGAUUAGGAGUUUGAGUAUUAAUUUCAGCUGGUAGUUUUUCCUGUGAUCAAAUAUACUUCAUUGGGUCCAUGGUUUCUGGAAGCAAAAAUUCUUGUGAAGGAUCAUUUGGUAUUUGAUCUUAACCAACUGAUUAUUAGAAAAAUUCAUCAUCAACUCUGCCAUUUUCCAAAAUAAUAGUCUAAGAAAACUUGAAAGUGUAAGGUUUAACCUUUAAUUUAUUUCACUUAAACACAUCUUUGUAUAUUGUUUUUGUGACAUUUCUUUUUCUAAGUAGUGGGCUGUUCUUCCAGACUUUUGUACCACUUUUUAUUCAUUUAUAUGCAUUUAUGUCCCAUAAAUUAUUUUAGCAAGAAAACACUGAUAAAACUCAGGAUACUGACAUUUUUGUUGAGACUAAAAAAAUGGCAGUCACUAAAGACUGGAAUCUCUAGGGCCUGGUGUAUAUCUAUGUUGGUAGUUUUGAUUGUCCUUGUUGACUUUUUUUUUUUAAGCACAAAUCUAGCUCAAGUUUGUUGAUGUCUGUGUUUCUGUUUUCCUUUUUUGGGGGGUGACUGGGCUUGUGAUAAGAGACAGAGUCACAUGAUUUAAAAAGUUUGUGUUACCAGUUAUCUCAUUUGAACAUUUUGGGUCACGUUGUUUAAUACUAGGACCUGGGACAAUGUAACCAGGAUGUAAGUCAAGUUGCACCCUUAGGUUGGUGGAAGAGUCCUGUCUGUGCCCUUCUUUUGGGUGGGAGGAGACAUCAUGGUGCCCUGCAACUCAACAAAGUCAUUAUUAAAGGCCAAGAGUCCCUUCUGCAUGUGACAGGAGCCCAGUAUUGUUCUAUAAGAGCUACUGUCCCAGAAGGGUUAACUCCCUAUAGAGCCGGGAGACAGGGUAGGGAUUUCUGUUAGAGUCCAGCAUCUUUGGAGUAUUGAUCUACUUGUAGGUUGAUAAAUGCUUUAAAUAACUAUGGAGGAGAUACCCACAGAAUCCUACUGACUCUUAAAUGGCACCUCGUUCAAGAUGCAGUUAGGUCACUUGAAUCUUUAAGCAUCUAUAAGAGGUGCUACAGACAUUUUAAUCUCUUAUUUACUAAAGAAUGUCUUUCAGAAAUUGAUGUCUCAUGGAAUUUAUUGUUACCGAUUAUAUGAAUUGACCUAACUAUCUUGGACAAGAAGCUUUAGGGAGAUCAUAAGGUAUGUACUCCAUUGUUUCAAAUAACAAAAUAAGAUUGUAACUUUUGGAAAAAUUGAUUCAAGCUUUUACUUAUGCAAAUCAAAACUAGUACAAGCAGUCACUUAUGCAUAGAGUAAAAAUGUUAACCAUUGUCUUGACUAUCUUACUGAAGUGUUUGGGAAUGAAAGUUUUUAGUUUGAUAGAUUUAUCAGUAUAAAAUUGAGGGUAACCAAGUAUGGGGAAUAGGUAAGUUUAGAGCUUUGGGGACUGAAAUGACUUCUGUAACUUUUGUUCUCUAGGUUACACAUUAGGAUAUGAUCUGCCUUUGCUGGUAGGUCUAGUGGUUUAGGAAUUAGGCUUUAGUAUAAAUUUCUAGCUGCGUCUGAGUCUUCCAGGAUGAGUACUUUUUGGCUGGAUGAGACUGGUUUUGGCUGCAGAUGGUGAGAUCAGAACAGCCCUUCCUGCUGUCUGGCCCCUCUUAGUUACGGGGAUGUGAGCUCAGAUAAUUUGGACAUUCUUAAUAAGAAUUAGUAAGAUUUUAAUAAAAUAUGACCAGAAUUCUGAAAUUCAGGUCUUGAGUGUGAAAUUCUCAAAUUUACAUAAGGAAGUAGAAGUAUGUAUAAUUUAAUAUUUGGUAUUAAAAGAAAGAAAAUUGUAGCAGCGUUUGAUGUUUCUUAAUCCCCAUUAGAAGUCUUGAGACUUUGUAUCUAAACAACACCGUUAAAGUACUCAGUGUUUUUGAUGCCUUAGAAAUAGGAAAACAAUUUUGUUUGACAAAAGCUAGGAAAGAAAGUCCAUUCUACAGCUGUUAGAGCUGCCUCUCAGGAAAAAGUACUUACCUUGUUCUUUUUGUUCCUGGCUUUCCUCAGUUUGUGAGAUUACUCUAUUUUUUUAAAAUAUAAUUUUAUUUCUUUCAAUGAAUUUGAAAUAAAAAAACUUUGGAAUAA